UCAGUACAAUUCCUGCUGCUGCUAUAGCUGCACUAGCAGCCAUGAGCCACCCUACCCAUCCUCCGCCUAAUCACUCUUCCCUCUUCGGUUAUAUUUCUCAAUAGAUUUUUAGAUCAAGAAAAGAAGACCAAGUUCAAUUCCAGUUCAAACCCCUGGGAGAUUCCAUUUCGCAUUCCUCGCCGGCUUUUUCUUCUUCUCCUGCUUUUCCGAGAAUGAAGGCCAAAUCAGCAUCUGCAGCAGCAGCAGCAGCAGUCUUGAGUCCUCCUGUCAUUUCUUUCGAUCACAAGAGGGAUGCUUAUGGAUUUGCUGUGAGACCGCAGCACUUGCAGAGAUACCGUGAAUAUGCAAAUAUAUACAAGGAAGAAGAGGAGGAAAGGUCUGAGAGAUGGAAAGAUUUUUUGCUACGUCAAGCAGAGUCUGCUCGAUUGCCUAUAAAUGGGUUAUCUCCACAUAAUGAUGGUAUCACGUAUCAUGCUGGAACCAGAAAUGAGGAUGCUGAUAUUGUUGUCGGGAAUGAAAAAGAAGAAGAGAAUAUAGGUGGUGAGAAGCCUGAUUCUGGAACUUUGACUACAAAUGAAGGGGAAGAGGGGCAACCAACAGUGAAGACAAAAGCCCAUGGGGUCCAGAUAUGGACGGAAGUUAGACUAUUGCUACAUCCAAUUGAGGAUGCAAUGAGCUUUCGUGUUAAGAAGACAGCUGGAUAUGUGAAGAAAGAGCAAGGUGUUGGAACUGGAAAGCAUCUUCCUCCUAUUGAAGAGGCUCGACCUGCAAAAGGAGCAUCUGAAGAGGACUCUGAAGAAGAAUUUUAUGACUUGGAGAGAUCAGAAUCAACUGAUAACAUAAGUGCCUUAGGAGCGGGUGCCACUGGUGAUUUAGCUUCUCCAGAAUCUUUGAUUCCUUGGAAAGAAGAAUUAGAGAUUCUUGUGCAAGGUGGUGUGCCAAUGGCUUUGAGGGGAGAGCUUUGGCAAGCCUUUGUUGGUGUCAAGACGCGUCGUGUGGAGAAAUACUAUCAAGAUUUGCUAGCAUCAAACGUUAAAUCUGCUAAUAACACAGAUAACGGACAUGUGGAAUCAGAGGACAGUAAAAAGGAGUCAACUGCAGACUGUAUUGCUAUAUCUGAGAAAUGGAAAGGGCAGAUUGAGAAGGAUUUGCCUCGGACAUUCCCAGGCCAUCCUGCUCUGGAUGAAGAUGGAAGAAAUGCUUUGAGACGAUUACUUACUGCUUAUGCUCGGCAUAAUCCUUCUGUUGGGUACUGUCAGGCAAUGAAUUUCUUUGCAGGUCUGCUGCUGUUACUGAUGCCUGAAGAAAAUGCAUUUUGGGCUUUGUUGGGGAUUCUUGAUGACUAUUUUGAUGGCUAUUAUUCAGAAGAAAUGAUAGAGUCCCAGGUUGACCAACUUGUUCUUGAGGAGUUGGUGCGCGAGAAAUUUCCAAAACUGGUAAACCAUCUGGAUUAUCUAGGAGUUCAAGUGGCAUGGGUUACUGGACCAUGGUUCCUUUCAAUAUUCAUGAAUAUGCUUCCAUGGGAAAGUGUUCUUAGGGUCUGGGAUGUGCUUCUCUUUGAAGGAAACCGUGUGAUGCUAUUUCGGACAGCCCUUGCUUUAAUGGAACUAUAUGGACCUGCCCUUGUCACAACUAAGGAUGCUGGUGAUGCAGUAACUCUGUUGCAGUCACUGGCUGGCUCCACAUUUGAUAGCAGCCAACUGGUUUUGACAGCAUGCAUGGGUUACCAGAAUGUUAAUGAAUCCAGACUACAGGAACUGAGAAAUAAGCAUCGGCCAGCAGUAAAGGCUGCUAUUGAAGAAAGAUCAAAAGGACUUCGGGCCUGGAAGGAUUCCAAGGGCUUGGCGUCCAAGCUAUAUAGUUUUAAGCGGGAUCCUGGAUCUAUAAUUGCUGGGGCGAAUAGAGCAGAUCAAGGGGUUAAUAAACAGAUAAAUGGUGAUGUAUCCCCCAUACAUGCUGCAUCUGCUACCAUGGAUCAGUUGUAUACGGGCCUGACAGAUGAUAUGGAGAUUGAUUCUGUUCCAGAUCUCAAAGAACAGGUAGUGUGGCUGAAGGUUGAAUUAUGUAAGUUGUUGGAGGAAAAACGGUCUGCUGAACUCAGAUCUGAGGAGUUGGAAACAGCACUAAUGGAGAUGGUCAAGCAAGAUAACCGGAGGCAAUUGAGUGCACGAGUUGAGCAAUUAGAGCGAGAACUUGCAGAACUUCGGCAGGCUUUUGCUGAUAAGCAAGAACAAGAAACUGCCAUGCUUCAGGUUUUGAUGAAAGUAGAGCAGGAGCAGAAGGUAACUGAAGAUGCUCGUAGGUUUGCUGAACAAGAUGCAAAUGCUCAGAGAUAUGCUGCUCAAGUGCUUCAGGAAAAAUAUGAAGAAGCUAUUGCUUCCCUGGCUGAUAUGGAAAAAAGGGUAAUUAUGGCAGAGUCCAUGUUGGAGGCUACAUUGCAGUACCAAUCUGGACAAAAUAAAGCACAACCUUCUCCAAGGUCUGUACAGCAAGAUUCUUCUCAAGUUCGAAACAGUCAAGAUUCUUCCCAAGACAUCCCGAUGAGAAAGAUUAGUUUGCUAUCAAGACCAUUUGGACUUGGUUGGCGUGAUAGGAUUAAGGGAAAGCCAUCUAAUGUUGAGGAAUCCAAUGAUGAUAAAUUGGUAGACGCGAAAGUGGAACAAACUCCAAGUACCCCACAGAAAGAGACUAACAGCCAUCAGUUGGAGGACAAUAAUGUACAAUAGCUUCUGAAGAUGAAAAAAAGGCUUGGGAAACUGCAACUCUUGUUAGAAACAGGAACUGCUCUCCAGCUUGAAUGUCACUUUUGAAACGAGUAAAUGUGGUUUCUUUGUCUGCAUCUUAUUUUUUCACCCCCUCCAUCCCUUAGAAGGUGAAGAAAGAAGGUAUAAGAAAGUAUAGUACCAUUUAUUGGUUUGUUUAUUAUAGAAAAACAAUAUUAAUAGCAUAGACAAAUUUAGAAAAGAUGAAAAAGGGGAUCUUUUAGCUAUCCUCCGGCUGUAAAAUAAUGCUUCCUGUAAUAUUAUUGUUAUAUUUUUUUCUUCUCCCCCUCAGCUACUCAAAUGUAUAAUGUUUUAGAUGCACAGAGAGAGAGAGAGAGUAGUGAUAUCAAUUCUUUUGAAGAAAGUUUUAA